ACACGUUUUUUUUACACUUCCCACUUGGCUGUAUGGCAUACAGGUGUGUGCCUACGCGCCGGGAAAAAGUUAUGUUCGUUUGACAUUUCGUUUACGCGAUGACGAUGGCAAUUUAGUCCCGUCGCGAUUAUUUCUUUAAAGUGGUGUAUAAGCCACAUAUAUUAUGAUGAAAGGAUGGUGAAGUCUUCUGGUGAGUGUUUUGAUGGUUAUUAUCGUGGAACGUUGGCAAUUAUGAGCUUCAUAUGUUCAUGACAAUGACCUAACCUCACGUUCUUUCUUUCAGUAUAAAAACAAUGGUUUAGUCCAUCGACUAGGGGGAAUGCUGUUAUAAUAUCGUCCCACGUGAUGUGGGGUCAAAGUCCACCGGCAGAGUCCAGUGUUAAAGUUCUACUAGAAUGAUCAACUGUAAAGACUAACUUCAAAAAUCAACUUCAAGGUCUUCCUUCAGGGUCUAGCUCCCCAGCCAUGACUACCAUUUGUGUUCAUUAUCUGCUUUUGCCGUCAGGGUCAGUUCCUGCUGCGGUCAUUAAUGUACAUAAUUCCAGUUUGGUGUUAAAAUCUCUGGAUACCAUCUAGAUAUCUCUUCUUCAUGAUUAAUUUAACUUAUUAUGGAUAGUGCCAUGCUCUCGAGGUGUUAUUCAACUAAUACAUGGAGUAUUUAUCCUCAAUACAUACUCCAUGCCUUAUGUCAGGACCUGCCGUCCUGACACUUUACUUAUCCUCAUAGGGAUGAAAACUAGUUGUUUAGGAAUAAUACUAAGUUAAGAUAUCAUGUUAUAGUAAAAGAUUUGUUUCUUAAUUUACAUUAGGAUGUUUUGUAACCGACUGACUUCAUAUUGUUUUUAUUGUGAAAUUGUUGAAUCAAUUACAUCAUUGUUAAAAGUGAAAUCUUUAUUAUUUCCAAACCUUGGCUUUGUUUGCAAUAGGAGGGGAUCUUCUAUACGGCGCCCAACAUUUUAAUCUUAUUCUCCCCCUAUUCUCUGAGUAAGGUGCCUAUUUCCACGCCCUGGGAAACUAAUAUCUCAUUAUAAGACAACACCUAUAGGGGCAACUCACCCCUCAUUAACUGUCUUACAGUAAGCGCCCAACGUUUGGCUCAGAAAAGCAAGGUUGGAAAUUAGUAGGUAUUUCACUUUCUUUGUUCUUUGUAACAUAACCUAGUUAUAAGCACAUGGUGUAACUUUAUAGCAAAUAGGGUAUGUUUUCUUUUAAUAGGUACUCAUUUAUGACUUUACUUUUCUAUUUAUAAGUAGGUAUGGUUUAAACUUGAAAUUUAGCAUAUCUCCAGUUGUUGUUGCAUAGGGACAUAGUGAUAAUUUUAUUGACAGGACCAUAGUAUCUCUCAGAUUUCUUUUUCUUAUUUUAAGCUGAGUUAGUUUACAUAGGGCCAUAGUCAUAUACUUUUAAUAUCACAUAGGACUAUAGUGACACAAUUUCCUUUUCUAGUAAUUUAUACAAUUAUAAACAUAGUGACUCAGAGCACAUAGAACUUCUUACAUAGACAUAGUAAUAAACUGUGGGUUUUUAUCUUAUUUUAUUUGUUAGUGGUUACAUAGGAACAUAGUAUUCAUAAAUUUGAUACAUAGGACCAUAGUAGCAUGUAGAUAAGUACCCUAUAGGGGUGUUACUUAUAAUUUAUGUUUUCUUCAUUACAUUUUGUUAGUACUUAAAGUACUAUAACUGUAUUCACAUACAUUAGGGAUAUAGCCAUAGUUCUUCUUCACUUAUCUGGUAUACUGUUCUUACUUUGUUUACUCAGAAUGGCGGAAUUCAAUGCUAAUAUUAACUUCUUGUUGAAAGAUGAACUUAUUCAUGAACUUUCUAUUCGGAAUGUAAAGGUUGACCGGGAUAACACUGUUGAGCAAUUACGAAAAUUAUUUCGACAAACUUGUAAACAAGCCCGUCGCGGCAGUAUAGUUGUACCAUCUGAGGGUUUUGAGUGUGAUCUUGAUGAUGAACAUAAAACUUUAACAUCAAAAAUAAAUGAAAUCAUCUCUUGUUUAUCGAGUCCUGACAAAUCUCCUUCGGCCCAUCAGCGUAUUCUAGGCCGUGCUCAGUAUUUGCUUUUGCGGUUGUCUCGCAUAGAACGUCCGGCCGAUGACCUUGAAAAAUUGAAAACUUCUUUAUUGUUAUCAUUGGCUAAUAAUGAUAUCACUUCCGAUUCAUCUUCAGAUUCCGAGCAUGAAUUAAACCGUCCGUCGUGUAUUAACAAAUAUAAAACUAUUAUUUCUCAUGAAAAGAAAUAUAACCUCAACUCGUUGAAUUUGAAAUUUAAGGGUGAUUCCUGUGUUCGCGUUUUCCUGGCUCGUUUGGAGGAGCUGUGUUCGGCACGGAACAUUCUUGUUGAUGAUAUUUACACUGGUUUUACUGACUUGGUGGAUGGUCCCGCUUUAUGCUGGUACCGCGCCAAUAAAUGUCGUUUUUCUAACUAUAGUGAACUGGUUUCUGCUUUGAAAUCAGAUUUUGAUUUACCUGACUACGACUUUCGUCUUCUUGAAGAGAUUCGUUCGCGAACACAAGCGAAAGAUGAAUCCAUUGUCAUAUAUUUGUCCAUCAUACUAGGUAUGAUGUCUCGUUUGAGUAAAGAGCUUUCUGAGAGCGAUAAACUCGACAUCAUCUUGCGGAAUAUUCGUCCUGAAUAUAGUAGGGAAAUUCGGAUGAUUGAUGUCACUACCAUCCAACAAUUACAACAGAUAGGUAAACGUUUGGAAUUGUCAAAACAUAGGAUUGACAACUUUAUAGAACCAAAUUUCUCUAAAAAUUCCGUAGCUCCGGAUUUCAACUUUAAAUGCAAACCUAAAUCCUCUAGGGAUUUUUCUAAAAAUAUUCCUGUCGCUUCUGUUAUUCGUUCUUCGACUUGCUUUCGCUGUGGUGGAACGAAUCAUUCCACUAAUCGGUGUAAUGCAUCUAAGGAAGUAGUUUGUUUUAAAUGUGGUAAGAAGGGGGUAAAGGCUCCUCUUUGCCCAAAUUGUAAUUCUCAUUCUAAUUCAAAAAACUAGAUUGCUUAGUCUCUCUGGGAUCUGAAUCCUGCAGGGAGGCGAUUUUUAAUCCUAAUUCUAAAGACUUUCGCCCUUAUUUAACUGUUAAAGUCUAUGGUAUUAAAAUUUCUGGUUUACUCGACUGUGGAGCCGCUGGUUCUAUUUUAGGAAACAAUGCUCAUAAAUUCUUUAAAAAUCUUGGUAUCCCAUUGUGUAAUUUAAAGUCCCCUGUAUUUUUGAAAGUGGCGAGUGGUCACGAAUACAUGUGCCAAUUUUACAUGGAUAUUCCUAUUGAAUAUAACAAUGAGGUUAAGCUCAUUCAAUUUUACAUUCAACCUGAAAUCAAACUUCCAUUACAUUUCGGAAUUAAUUUCUGGAAAUCAUUUAACUUAGCCCCAGAAGUUCUGGCGUGUCUACCUGCAAUAGA